AUGUUUAGUGUCUCCUCGUCUCCUCAAGACAAAAUAUCCACAUUAAGUGCUGCUCUACAGAAACAGAAACAGGCAUUAUCUGCUGCUGCUCGAUCAUUGGCGGAUCGUUUAGCAGAGGCAACAAAAUUAGAGGCACAAUUAGCUGCUGCUUCUCUUUCUUCUUUUGUGUCUCCUCUCUCUGGUGUAUAUACACCUGAAUUAGAGGCAAUAGAAGGAGAGACGCAGGAGGAAAACACUGUGCACUACUGCUUAGGCGGUGCUGCAGCAGCAAACACGCAGCAACAAGCAACAGCAGCAGCAGAAAAGGGAGAAGAAGAAGCAGCCUGCAGGCAACUAGCAGCACUAGAAGACGCAGCAGACACACAAUGUCGAGCAGCAGCAGCAGCAGCAGCAGGGUUUGCAGCAGCAAGAACAGAAGAAGAAGCAGCAAACAUAGAUGUAGGGGAAGCACUAACAGCAAUAGAAGGAGGAGCAGCAGCACUAGCAGCAGCAGACCGGCCAUUAGCAGCAGCAGCAGCAGCAGCUGAUUCCGCCCUAGCAUUAGCAGCAAACCCAGCCCCAGCAGCAGGAGCAGAUGCUGAUUUGUCAGCAGCAGCAGAGUAUGUUUUAGCAGCAGCAGCAGACCCAGACCCAGCCUCAGGAGCAGCGGCAGCAGCCGACUCCGCCUUAGAAGCAGCAGCAGCAGCUGCUGCAGCAGAGAGCAGCGAGUCUCUCCUUCUGCCUCUAGAAGAAAGUCUAUUUGCACUAGCAAUAGAAGUUGGACUCAGCAGCAACGAGCUGCCCGUCUUAGAGCUGCUGCAGCGCCGCAUGCUGCAGCAAGUCUUCUCUUCCUUGGGCCCCAAGCCCCAAGGGCCCUCUUGUAAGCAAGUCCCUACCACGGGGAAGGCAGCAGCAGCAGCAACAGCAACAGCAGCAACAGCAACACCCGACGUCACAACUGAUGGGGCAGCAGCAGCAACAACAACAGUAAGAGCAGCAGGAAAAGCAGCAACAGGAAGAGCAGCAGCAGCAACAAGAUCCAUGAAGAGGACAGACACCGCAGCAACUGGCAGGCAGACGCUGCUGCUGCAGUCCAAGCUAAGACCCCCUACAAUAGGCACGCAAAGACGCAAGCCUAAGAAAGACACCCGACAGCAGAAGCAGCAGCAGCAGCAGAAGCAGCAGCAGCAGCCACAGCAGCAAGAAACCCUGCAGCAGCAAAAACCACGGGAGCAGGAGAAAGACCAGGUGCAGCUCGCUGCAGGGGAAGAACAGCACCAGAAUCAAGCUCAGCAGCAGCAGCAACCGCAGCAGCAGCAACUGCACCAACAACCGCAGCAGCAACAGCAACAAAAGCAACAAUCGCCUGAGCGGCCACAGCAGCAACAGCAGCGGAAACAACUGCCUGAGCCGUCACAGCAGCAACAACAAGGGCAGCAACAGAAGCAGCAGCAACAAGCGCCUCAGCAGCAGCAACUGCGUCCACAACAGGGGCAACAACAGGAACAGCAACAACAAAAGCCUCAACAGCAGCAGCAGCAGCAGCAGUUACCCUUUCAUCAUCAGGAGAGCGGCAACCGCUGCACAGACAAACAUCCUGUCAGCGAACAGCAGCAGCAGCAGCAGCUACUGCGGCACCCACAGCAGCAGCUACUGCAGCCCCCACAGCACCAGCUACUGCGGCACCCACAGCAGCAGCCACUGCGGCACCCACGGCAGCAUCAGCAGCUACUACAGCACCCACAGCAGCAGCAGCAGCAAGUGCAGCACCCUCAGCAGCAGAAGAGUGACCUCGGGCUUUUGUGCAGCAGCGUAGGAUCUCUUAUUGAGGGGGCGACGAGCAGCAGCGGGGAGACAUCCCCUCUGUUGCUGUCGCUUUCUUAG